UGGCGGCGCUCUGACUGUGUGACGGUGGCAGCGGCAGUGCCCAGCGGCAACUCGCUGCCGCUCUCUGGUGCGGGGAAAGAACGGCCACAGUACCGGCCUGACCAUUAAUCGACCGGCCGGGCAAAGGUGGAGGGCAAGGGGCGAAGUGGUGGUUAAGAUGACGCCUGGCUUGCCGUGUUCCUCCAGCAUGUUGCUUUUUGCUCAAAAUUACUGUUUCAGCAGGUUCUUAUGUCAUGAUUUGAUGAGGUUUUAAAAUGCCAUUUUUAAUGCAAGUUUUUCCUUGUGGUUGCAAUAAACCCAGGAUAUCUGAACUGUGUGCAGCAUGUCCAAAUGUCCACAACUGCUUCGUAGACCAUUGCCACCAAAAGACACUCUUUCAUUUGAAAAUGCAUCAUGUCCUGCUGCUGUGUUCAAGAAAAAAUGUGACUCAAUCGAUGAACAUGAGAUGAAGGAUGUAUCAAUGACUUGCAGGUCAUCUGAUCUAAAUGGAUUUUCUUCCCGUCGUGGUAUUGUACACAGAUAUGAUCCAUAUUUUGCAGAGGAUGAUAUUCGCUACUGUAUUCCUGCAGCCUUCACACUAGCCAAUUUUCUUCAGAAAAAUAGUGUGUCUCCACCACCUUUAGAUGAGAGAAAGAUUGUUUUAUCCCACCAAAACUUCAACAAGAUUGUAACUCUCCUGGAAUCUCGGUUACUGAAGCAUAACCAGAAAAAAGUGAACAUCGUAGAAUUAUCUAUUGAUGACAUCCCACCAGUAUUGAAGCGAAUCCCUCAGAGACAGCAGAUUCUUGAAAUGAAUGCUGCUGCUAGAAACAAAAGUGAAGGCUUAAAUUAUGAAGUUUCCCCAGAGUUGCCAGCUAUUCUGAAUAUUGAUGACGGUGCCCAGUCUCUUGAAAUUCCCAACUCUGAAUCUCCAAUUAAGGAGGAAGAACAAGAGGGACAAAUAAGCCCAUAUGAAUAUGUUGUUGUAAAAUCAAUGGCAGUAGGUGGAGAGUCUUUAAACCUGAGGGGAUAUUUUAUUCAUCAGCUUCCUGACAUGACCAGACUGGUUUCCACAUUAAAGGAUCUGAACCUGUCAUUCAAUAGCUUUCGGGACAUUCCUACUGAGAUUUAUCAAUUAUCCUGCCUUGAAUUGCUGAAUUUACGAGACAAUCCAAUUACGGAGAUUUCUCCUGAUAUUGAGAAACUGACCAACCUGAGAAUUUUUGACAUUUCUUUCUGCAUUGUUUCAGUUCUGCCUAUUGGGCUGUUCCUUUUGACACAUCUUCAGUCACUCAAUGUUGCCUACAACAAGAUCUCUUUCAUUCCCAAUGACAUUAGAAACCUCAGACAACUUCAGUUUUUAAAUGUUGAAGGAAAUGAGCUGGGUUCACUGCCAACUGGCCUUCUCGAAGUCCCAUUGAAGCAUAUACGCGUGCAUAAUAAUUACAUGCAUCCUUUACUUUGGGAAGAAAACAAACAGAACCAACCACAACACCUAAUUGAUCUAGCUGCGCUCUCUUUCACCAAGAGCAAUUUACAUCAACAUUACAUCAAUGUACCGGAUGAGGUGCAAUCUAAACUGAGCAAAGCUUCAAUUUGUGACUCCUGCAAAGGUCCUCUGUUUGGCUCAGGACUUCAUCUCAUCCAGCCACGUAAAAGGAGCUUUUAUAUUGAAAACCUUCCAUAUCUAUUUCGUGCCUGUUCACCAUCUUGCUAUAAAUCAUUCAAGACCAAGACUCAAUGAAGACACCUUUGUUCUUUCAACUUUGCACAAGUUAAAGAAAGUUAUUGAAUACCAAGUGUGCAUUCUGCGCUUUGUUUCAUCUAAUGUGAAUAAACUUGGUAAGGACAUUAACAUUUUGGGGAAUAUUGUUCAGUACGUAUAUUUGUUAAAUAACUUCUUGUGCACAUUUAUUGCCAAAUUAAUUCAGUACUUUAAGUAAUAGUUUAAAUGAAUUGGCAUGCUAGUUAAAUGUUGAUAUUACUUGAGUUGCAAUAAUACGAGUCACUGAGGUUUUUAUGAAAAGUUGUUUUUUAACUGUGACAUUAAAUAAUGUUGAUUAGAUAGAAAAAUAAUUGAUAAUUGGCUCCUUUAAAAUGGAUAUCUUCAAAUUACUAUUAAUCUGCCUAACAAAAAAUGCCUAAAUCUAAUCCUUAUACCUAAUCCCAUGGAUUGAAUGGAGAAAUAAGGAAAUGCAAAUGCUGAUUUACACAAAAAGACACAAACUGUUUGAGUAACAGCAGGUCAGGCAGCAUCUCUGGAGAACAUGGAUGGGUGAUGUUUCGGGUCAGGACCUUCUUCGGACUGACUGUGGGGGAGAGGGAAGAAAGCUUGAAGAGAGGAGUGGCAGAACAAAGCCCGGCAGGAAAUAGGUGGCUAGAUGGGCUGGGUAUUAGAUUGGCAGAUGGAAGAAAGGUCAGAGAUUAAAGCAGAAGGUAUGAGACAGAAGGAUUGAUGAAUUGCAAAUUGUGAAGCCAGAGGAAGGAAUGUUGGAGGAGAGGGAAAAUAGGUGCGAGUCCAGAUGGGGCACAGAGGAGGAAAAUCUCUUUUUUUUUUGUAAAUGAGACCUUCCCCCAGGAAUUUGAUUAAAACUGAGGGUUUUUUUAAAUUAAAUCGUGAAUUUUUAUGUAAAUGAUAUUCGCGAUCCCAUUGUGACAUAAUUGUGAAUGAAAACGGAAGAAUUUCAAUAAAACUGAAUAUUUUUUAAAGGAGCGAUUUUUUAAAUGUAAAUGAGAUUCGGGAUCCCAUUGUGACGUCAUACGCUGCUAACGGGCAGUGCAGAUGGAAGUGAUUUUUGUCAAAGUGGUUUUUGUAAGGUUUAAAUGUGAAUAACUUAAUAAAAUAUACAUCAAUCUGAACAAAACUUGCCACAGCACACCCCAGGACAAUGGUAAGGUGGGCAAAAAAUUGUUGCCCUAUCGUGUACCAUUUUGACGUAGUUUCAGGAGAAUCUGAUCUUACCUCUAAAGGUGGAUUUGGAAUCAUACCAACGUCUGAUGGAUCUGCUUCUUCGUCUAUAUUUUGUUCUUGAACUGGUACAUCCUUUGCUGGGAUCAUAUGGUUUGUGUGUACACUUCUUACACAUCCUCCGAUUUCUACCAAGUACACCACACACUUCAACUACUGUUCCCACCUUCCAUUUGUUUGCUUUGUAAGGGGGGGGCUUAGAAUAUAAACCUGAUCAUGUGUAUCACAUUGUUUUUGAUAUCCGCCAUAACAUUUCUGAUCAAAUUUCAAGUUUGCGUUCAACCUUAGGAGACAGGUUAGGAAGAUUCAAUCUAGUUCUAAGCCUUUUUAUAGGUUAAACUAGAGUACAAACACAACAGGAAGAAUAAUAGACACAUUGUGGUCUAUUUUUGCUUAUCUCGGCUUACCUGAUGACCUUGCCUCUGACAACUGCCCCCUAUUUCGGUUCCCAAAACUCAGCAGCUGCUGUGACUAUUUCAAUUUCAAAUUCUCUUCAAGAACCUGUUUCUUUAGAGCUUCCUCGAUUGUCCCGACUGAUCUUUUGGUUGCACUGUUGGAUACUUAAUACUAAAGUAUGCUUGAUACCAUUUUAACUUCAUGAAAAUUUAGAACAAUGCAGCAUGAAAUCAGGGGCCGUAAUCAGAGGCAAGCUCUUCAGGUAAGCCGUGACAACGAAAGAUAGACCACAAUGUGUCUAUUAUUCUUCCUGUUGUGUUUGUACCUAUGUGUAUCACCUCAAACGACUUUGAGUAGAUAUCUACUAUCCACAAAAACAAGAAAAUUAUUAUUCCUUGGUUCACAAAAACUUGCAUGCACCCUCUGGAAAGGACUAAUAGGCCAAGACCAUGUUUGCAAGAGGAUUUGAGCAGGCCUACUUCUACAACUCUGACAGGUACCAAAUUUGCUUGCCUUUGCUUCUAUCUCAUUGUCCAAUCCUGGCCAGCACAUGCAACCUCUGACAAUGGACUUCAUUCCUACAAUACCUGUAUGUUCACUCUGGAGUUCUGCAAGUAAGGACUUGCAGAAUCUCCCUUAGAAUUAUGUACUACUACCCUGUAAUCCCUUUGAAUACACCUUUGUUCACAAUUUUUCUAAUGUGAUAAGGUUUUAGUUCAUCAGUAGAUGGUUUUGUAGACAUCCACACAAAGUUUAUUCAUACACUUGUUUUAGCACUGACCUUUUAGGUUGCAGCAGCAAUUUCAGCUGCUGUGACUCAAAAGUCAUUGUGCACUGUCUCUGUGAUGUAGUUAGCACCUUCAGUGAGCACAACGGAUUAUUCGUGAGGAAAAUGCGACAAUACAUCAGCGAUAGCAUUUUCUUUUCUCUGCUAUUCAAUGCUGUAAUCAUACUGUGACAGGAUAACUGACCAUCGCUGCAUCCUUCAGGCUGCCAUUGUAGGGUGCAGGUAUGCUGACUGAGUACCAAGAAUAGCGAGAAGCGGCUUAUGACCAGUAAUCAGGGUGAAUUUCAUACCCAACAAAUAGUGAUGAGAUUUCCUGAACCCAAAGUGGAAGUGCAACAAUUAAAAACUGAAAUGACAUAAUUUCAGAAACAAAAUGAUUUCAGAAACAUUUGUUCAGCUUCCAGGAAAGCCUUAGAAUGAAAUAUUUCACCACAAAUGUAACUGUUUCAUGUCCUUUUUGCUCAAAGACCUGAGCUUCAUGUAAAUUGCUGAGAGCUAAUAUUGUUCUUGGCUAUCAUUUUGCCAUCUAAUAGCAGUUAAUAACAUAUUUACAGAAAGGGUUAGGGGCUGAAAGUUUGACGCAGUAAGAAUGUUUUUUUUUCCAUGCAUGAUUUUUAAUAAGGUAUUUUUAAUAGUUAUAAA